AUGGCUCCUCAAGCAGGCGUCAAUGGCGUCCUCCCCGUUGCAGUCCUCCAGAAGAAUGCCCCGUGCCCAGCCAUCCCGUGGCCCGCAAUGCGAAGCACAGCCGCGCCUGAAGCUCGCUUGACCCGAAGCGAAUUCGAGACGAUGGUUGGCGACGAAUGGAAGCCCGGCGCGGGAAAGGUGGACUGGGUCAACUGGAGAAAAGGCAAAAUCUCAAAAGAUGCUGCCAAACCCUCGAGGCCAGCCAGAGCAUACAUACACGUUACCAAGCAGGAACACGUGCCCAUGCUCGGGGACCGCAUCCGCGACUCCACCUUCCACGACGCCGCAAAGUCCUGGCAGGACAGCGCCCUCGUCGGUCCUCCCACGCUCGAAUUCGCUCCCUUCUCCAAGAUGCCUGGCGGCCGCCGCAGGAACGACAAUCGACAGGGCACCAUCGACCAAGAUCAGGAGUUCAAGGACUUUCUAGAAAGCCUAACGAAUCCCAUCACAAAGUCCGCUGCGCCAGACGACACGCAGAAGCAGGACAAGGUCAAGACGACGCCGCUGAUCGAAGCACUCCGAGAGAAGAAGGCGAACAAGGACAAGCCGAAUGCCAAGGGCAGGAACGCUCGUGGAGACGCCAAAGAAGAUGCUACGGAAAAGAAGGCUUCAGGCAAACAAGGCAAAGAGAACGCCGCGACCGCCGGAGACAAGAAUCGUCGCAUAAGCAAAGCUGACAAGGCCCAAGCCGCCAAGGAAGCCGUCAAGAUUCUCAACAAGGAGGCCGCAUCAGCCAAAGAGUCGUCCGCAGCGGAGAAAGGCAAUGCCAGCCCGGGCUCAGAGCGCAAGCGCGGCAACGUUGCUGGACACUUCCCAAGGGCCCAGCAGCCUCGCGGCCCCCGCCAACCGAGCAUGCUGCUGCUAGGAAACGCCGUUCCACCCGCACAAGCCAACAAUACGGCAGCAAAGCCUACUCCGGCUGCCAGUUCUGCACCAAGAGCCGCACCUCCGCCGCCUGCGCCUGCCGCAACAAGCAAGCAAGCCUUCUUAAAGCACGCCAAUCCCUCGCAGGGCAUCACUGAGCCGCUGAUUGAAGAGUCCCUGAAGAUCUUUGGUGCAAUCGAUAAGGUUGAGAUUGACAAGCGAAAAGGGUUCGCCUAUGUCGACUUCACUGAACCCGAGGGCUUGCGCAAGGCCAUGGCUGCUAGUCCCAUCAAAAUUGCCCAAGGCGCCGUACAGGUUCUUGAGCGCAAAGAAAAAGUAGCCCGACCUGCUCUCAACCCCCGCUUCAAUGGCCCUCCUCCCACAGGCGCCAUCGACACAUGCUCGUGGCGGUCGUGGUGGAUUUGGACCUGGACCCCGAGGAGGACGCGGUGCCCGUGGUGGAGCUAG